AUGGGCCGUUUGGUGAACUACUUCCCCACGAUAACAGCGUUUAUCGCUUUCAUACUCACCUUGCUCUGUCUCUUCGCAGGCACUCAGAAGGCCGUCAUCCCGGGUGCUAAUAUCAUGACGGUCCUUACAUCCAACAGUAGCGAAAAUACGGGCAUCUGCGACUUUUACUCGAUCUACGUGAUGUCGUACUGCGAGGGCGACCUCAUCUCCGGAGAUCGGCGGAUAACCAACUGCUCCUCCAGCUCGAUAUUUUUCUCAUUCGACCCUUCCACGGUACUGCUGGAGGAGAGCGGAAACACCACCUCUCUGUCGAACCUGGGAUGGCCCGACGCCAUCAGCGACGACUUCGAUGCCUUCAGCAUGACGACUCGGAGUAUGGGGGUGUUCUAUAGCAUCGGGGCCGGGGUUGCCGGCCUGGCAAUGCUGGCGAGAGGGUACCUGGAAGCACGUCGCGGGCCGCGGCAGACCGUGUUGGAGUUGUCAGCGCUGCUGAUUGGGUUCACCAUGCUCGGGAUCUCAUCCAUUAUCGCGACGGUUAUCGCGUUCCAAUUUGUCAACCUGGUUAACUCGCAUGGCGAGGACUCCGGGGUGAAAGCAGAGUACGGAUCACAAUUUCUGGGGAUGACAUGGGCGGCGGCGGGAAUGUUCCUGAUGGGAAGCGUCACCAGUUUAAUGAUGGUGUUGUUCGACCGCGGGCGGAGCGAGGAAGACGGCCCCGCCGACGAUCCCCCGGAGGAAGAAGCGAAGUCGCUGGUACAUUCCGAGGACGACUAUGACUCGGGGAACCCCAGCGUGAAGGGCCACGAUGAUUGA